AAAGGAACUUGUCAUUUUUAAAUGUUUUUGUUCGGAUCAUGUUGCAAAAGUGUAAACAUAGCGAGAAGUUCACACAACACAAGCUGAGAACAUUGCAUAGAUAACAAAAUAUAUGCAGUCAAAAAAAUUUUCCUUUUAUAACACUGUUAAAAACAUUUACGAUCGUCACAGUCACUGUUGAAUCAAUUCCAUACGCAAUGGCGAGCAUGUUAUUUUUAAACACUUUUUUGAUCCCUUAAGAUGGAGAGGCAUGUUUUUUUUUUUUUGUAUACUGGUUUAUUAUAUCUUUAUACGGAGCGUCAUAUUUGCCAAAAAUCGCACCACUACUUUCACAGUUUCUUUAUGACGUCCUGCAGAUCUGUAGGACGUCCUACGGGUGUCUAAGACGUCCUGCAAACUUCUAGCACGUCCUAAAAAUCUCUAGGACGUCCUGCAGUCCUCUAGGACUUCCUACAGGGUGUCUAGGAUGACCUACGGGACUUUAGGACGUCCUACGGGGCUCUAGGACGUCCUACAGGGUGUCUAGGAUGACCUACGGGACUCUAGGACGUCGUACGGGGCUCUAGGACGUCCUAAGUGAAUCUAAGACGCCCUAAGAAUAUCUAGGACGUCCUACAGAUUCUCUAGGACGUUCUAGGAAUAUCUAGAACGUCCUACGGAGCUCUAGGACGUCCUACAGGUUCUCUAGGACGUCCUAACGGUCUCUACGACGUCCUACAGGUUCUCUAGGACGUCCUAGGAAUAUCUAGGACGUCCUACGGGGCUCUAGGACGUCUUAGGGAAUAACCACAUGGUUUUGUGGCGUCUACGUAUAACUAAUAAUAUUAGAAGCAAAGAAGAUUUUUUAAGCUUAUAUUUUUUAAUACUAAUGUCGUAUUUGCUCUAAUGGCUGCGAUUUCGAAUAAUGACAUUGUGACAAAUUGAUUUUAACAAGAUAUUGCUUUCCUUUGACACGGACGCAGAAAGGACUGUAUUGAUUAUGGCAACAGUGUCAGUCGAAGAAAUCUGCCAAUUUCUGAUUAAAAGAGGUGUGGACAAUCCUACAGUAGAUACUUUGAGAACCAACAAGAUGGAUGGUGAAGCUAUUAAUGCAUCCACUGACGAAGUGAUGAAAUCAAUGGGUUUGACAGCAUUAGGAGAUAUCCUUGCCGUCAGAGCUUAUACAAAACUUGGUAAAGCCAAAUUAUCUGACUGUGAAAAAGAUAAAGUUAAGGCUGAAUUAGCUGCUGCCAUUAGAAAUGGUCAUGCAAUGGAGAAACCAAAUAAACUUUCAUUUACUGUAAAUGUUGGUUUGCAGAACUUUAAUGAGAGAUUAAAAAAAUAUUCUUAUGUGAAAUGUACUGGUGGAUCCAGAAAACUUUCCUUACCUCGGGACAUUACUAUGAGUGGUAUAAAAGAACAAUUGCAUAAAACCUUUUUUCCAAAGGAUAACAAUCCAGUUUUGGGUUCAUUGUCACUGUUUGAAACAUAUGUUGGUAGUUUCUCUGGUGACAAGUUAAGUGAUGAUUUGACAUUAGAGAGUUAUGUUAAAGAACAUAAUCUGAAACAUAUUCGCAUUUAUCUCAAAAUAAAAAAGAAAUCCAUUUUGUCCAGUUUGUUCACAAAGUUAAAGAGCAAUAUCUUUGAGGAUGACCAAGACGACGAUGUUUUAUUUGAAAGUCCUUUCAAUACUCAUAAAGUUGCUAAUAUUAAUUUAGUUGGUGAUGAAGAUAAUAACCGUCCUAUUCUGUUAGGUUCAUCCGUAGAACGCAAAAGAUUGAGAGAUGAAAUUGAUGAAGCUUAUAAUACGUCACUAGAGGCCGAUAAAAAGAAAAGUGAUGUUAAAAACGAAAAUAAACAACCACAAUCAUUGUUAAAUGAAACUGAAGAAAUAGAGGAUACUGUAGCAGUAAAAGAACCUCGGUUAAUUGACAAUAUGAACAUAAGAAAGAAUCGAGUCAUGCCAGAACCUGAUCUUAGUGAGGCACAUGUCACAAUAUCCAUACGCCAUCCUGUUAUAGGAAAUAAAGCACGUCUAUUUCAUGAUACUGCUAAAUUUACUCAGGUGUAUGAUUGGGUUGGAGGACUAUCUUUACAGCCAGAACAUUUUACCCUAAUUAAUUUUGAUCAACACAAAGUUUCUCCAGAAAAAAAAGUAUUCUCUGGCAUAUUUAAUGUUAAUGAAGAGGAAACACCAACACCUAUGACACCAGGUGGAACAGUUGGGUUUCGUGGUUAUGCUACAAUCACUGUAUCAGAUGAUGACGAUGUUGUUCCACCAACUGUUGCUGAACAAAAGAAUUAUGUGAAUGAUAAUCUUGUUGAAAAUAGGAAUCUUCAGUCAGAAAUGUUGUUGGAAUACAAAUCUGGUGAAUCUAAAAAAGAGUUUGAUAGCCUGCAAGACUUUCGUGCAAAUGAACUAUCAAAGCUAAAUAACUCUACUUUGUAUUUUGAUAUUUCCAGAGAUAAUGUGUACCAAGAGUUAAUUGAUAUUUACAAAAAGCGUGAAACUAUUUCACAUAAAGCUACAUUUAGAUUUAGUGGCGAGGAAGCUUAUGGAGAUGGUGUUACAAAGGAUUGUUAUGCUGAGUUUUAUAAAAAACUUUUUGAGAAAAUAUACGGUGUUAUGGAAAAAGUACCACUUGAUGACUGUGUUGAUGAAGAGGAGUUGGAAAUAAUUGGAAGUAUUGUAAACCAUGCUUUCAUUCAGUAUGCUAUUUUCCCUUUGCAACUGUGUAAAAGCACUGUGAAGAAACAUUGUGUAGUAUUUUUACCUUAUUUUGAAAGGAAAUAGUUUUAGCAAAAUGAAACAGCGUAUUUUUGGAAGUAUAUUUUAUUUUUGUUUUAUUUUUGAAUGUGUAUGAUUUUAUAACGAUAGAUUAUUCUUGUUGGUUUCGAAGAAAUUUUUCAACAUUUGCUUUCCUUUUUUGGCUAUGACCGCUUUAACUUGUGACAUUUCUUUUGGUUGAGUCAUCACCGACAAGAUUCAAAAGUACACAAUAAGGUUACGUGGUUUAAUAAGACUCAGUUGUGUUUUGUUAAAUAUAUGUUUGUUAAGUUCUGACGUGAUUUAUAUUGUAUCAUUUUGUUUUUGUUCUUUUUACUACUGAAAUACAGUUUUUUAAGAUAUAAAAUUGUACGUAUUUUUCAUUUCUAUCUCACACAAAUUUUAUAAAUAAAA